AUGCUUAAAGGUUUAACAUGGCAAACGCUUCGAGCGAAUUAUUCGUUAAUACCACUUUUUUCUGUUGUUACUCUUGGUGUGGCAAUGGCAGCUGGACACUCCUUUCGUAGUUUGUAUUGGUCACCUGAUGUUAAAGCUAAUAGAACUAAUGCCGAUCGACCAUGGGAAGUACAACUUAAUGAUGAUGGUUCAUUUAAACAUGCAAAAUAUAUUAAACUUCAUGAUUAUCGUAAAUUAAAGAAAAGUGAAUAUGAACCAGAACUCGACUAA